UAGCUGGAAGAAUAAUACAAUGCCAUAAUUGCCCUAUCAGCAUUCACCAAAAUAAGUAUUAAAAACAUAGUUUAAAAACUAAAUAUACCUGCAUAACAGAUGCAACUUGCAGGACAGCUCUGGUGACCACAGAUGGGAUAAGCUCCUUCUUUCAGUUGUCAUCAUCAGCACCAGAGCAACCAGUGCUGGCACUCCCAUAAAAGAAACUCCACUGGGGCCACUGUGGCUGUGUUUGAUUGCACCAUUUAGUUACUGAGCAGUCCACGCCUUCACAGCCCCAAUAAACAAGGCUUCCUGUGAAUAAAACCUAACGGAAAUCUGCCCUCUUGUAUAGAGUGUUUCUCUGCUUCUCUCCAUGCUGAGCUGGAGCAGUAAUGGAGCUGUCCUGUGAGUCAGUGAGAUAUCCUGAAGACAGAAGACCAGCCAGCUGCAAGUUUGUGGAGCUCCAUGUGCUGUAUGUGCCAGAUGACCAAUGGAAUGUGAAGCUCAAUAAAGUCCCAGCUGAAGCCAUAGAGAGCUUCAUAUCUGCAGGCUUCAUCAGGGUUUUUCCUGAUGUCACCCUGAAAACUCUGAGGAGCGAGCUGGGAGCUCUUCUUGGCGCCGAGAGGAGCAUCGACAAAUUCUCCUUCCUAAAAUGUGUGGGGCGCAGUUUGGCACUGGUCAAGAGCAAACAGGAGAGGGAUCUGAAAGUGAAAACAUUUGCUCCACCGUAUGCCCCACAGCCGGAGCUCUACCUGCUGCCCGCUGUGGAGAACGACAGCUCUGUUUGCUCCCAGUCGCUCUCCCCAGACACCAGCAGUAGCUCUCCAGACCACCAGACCUACUACCACCCUCCCAAGACAUGCAGCCUGCCAGCAGGAACAAAGGAGCCUGUUAAAUUCCCCCUCAUCCCCCAGUGUUCCCAUCAGCCACCUCCCACACCCAGCCUGGAAGAGGAGGAGGAGGAGGAGGAGGAGGAAGAUGAGGAAGAAGAAGAUGAGGAGCAGAGCUAUAGUUCUUCAGAGGCAGGAAGAGAAAAUGAAGAGGAGGGUCUCUCUUCCAACAAGUUAGAGUGGGCAGAGCAGGAAUGUUGCUCCAGGAAGCCUCCGAAUCGAAGGGCACCACAGCCUGUUUCACAGAAUAAAGGUAAAACUACAGCUUUACGACGGUGUGAAGCUGAUUCAGCUCAGCUGAAGGAUUCGCCAGAGAGCGAAGAAACCUGCAGGAAGAAGAAACAGUACCACAGACAGAACAGAGCAGCCAGAGAUUCAGGAGUCACCCCGUCUCUGGAGGACAGAGAUUCAGGCUUCUCCCUCACAGACGGGCUUGGGAAAUCAAAAGAUGUCCAUGCACUGAAGUCCAUCAGGAAUAAAGCAACAAGUGGAGCUGGGUUGUCUCAGUCUGUUGGGCUCACCUCUCCACCUCCAGGACUAGACUUGGCCGUGGUCACUCGAAAAACGUCUCCCGUCUUUCAGACAAACAGAGAGGAACUGAUCGAGGAAAUCAAGCUGGUGAGGGAGGAGAGAAAGCAGCUGGAGUGGACGAGGCAAGAGUUGCUAAGAAAGGGGAAGGAUUUGUUGGCUCAAAACAGACAUCGCAGGAACCAAGCACGUGACAGUUGGAAGAAGAAAUAUUUUGAGACGAAGAAGGCCACAGCACCAUUAGAGGAAAACCUGAGAAACUUACGACAGGAGUUGGAGACGUUUUACAACAAACUCUUGCACCAGCUCCAGGCCAGAGAUAACAGAGGAAAGCCAAGACGACAGGGCAGAUCCUCAAUAAAGAACGAGCUCAUCAUUCAGAUCAUGACAGAGAGCCAUGAGAUUGACAACCUGAAGAGGAAGGUGGAGGAUGCUAAGAUGAAGCUGGUAACAGAGAUGAAGUUGAGGAAACAGGCUGCCACAGAACUGAGGGCCCUGAAGGCUGAGCUGGCCCAGAAGAAGAGCCAGUCCUCUCAUCCUGGUCCCACGUCCUCUCUGGGCUUUGGAAAUACCACACGAGACAGACUGCAAGUUCAAAGCACCUCCAUUUAAUCCAGCACAAAAAGAACUGUGAACAAAACCCUUGCUAUGGACAGCAGGUUGAUGUUGAAUCGUGAGAUUCUAUGCAGCCGUACUUUCUACACGUCUUACUAUUUUGCACCUAUGUUUUGUAUUUUUGUGCUGUUGCUUUCUCAACAUUUUAUUGUUAUUUCAUGCUUAAUGUGAUCUGACUGCCGACUUUCUGAAUUUCUCAGGUUGCUGUAAGCUAGUUUGCAAGAAAGC